GCUUUGUUAAAUUAAAAAAAGUUGAAUAUGGUUAAUAUUUCAGAGGAGCCUAGGGAACAAAAUGAUCGGCGGACCUUUGGGUCCUUUGGCUCGAGAGCCGCAACUGGGGCAAACACCGCCCCUUUGAAUCCUGCAGGUCCAAGAGGCCGAGGACGUGGACGUGGAACAACUCAUUCCUCAUUUGGAGGUCAAGCACAAACUGAUGAUAACAAAGAGGAUUCUAAUACAAAGUCUGAACGUGUUUCGCCUACAGAGCCGGAGACAAUUGGACCAAGACGCGGAUCAUUUGGGAGAGGAAAUGGCAGAGGAGGAUUCACUUCCCGCCAAGCGGAGGGAGCUGAUGGCACCGAUUUUGGUGAUCGUCCUGCGAAUAGUGACUCUAAUGAAAAUAAUAAUCCCCGUGGAAGAGGAGGUUUUGGUGGACGUGGAAGAGGAGCCUUUGCGACUUCUAAGUCAAACGAAGACAACAACUCUACGGAUGCUGGGGGAGAAGGGGGACGUGGAAGAGGUUCAGGAUUCCGAGGCCGUGGUGCUGGAGGACCUCGUUUUGGUGAAAAUGGUUCGUCUUUUGGAGGUGGGGCUGGAAAUAAUGCAGAUAGCACUAAUAAUGAUGGAGACAAGCCUCGCGGUUUUGGUGGACGUGGGCGCACAUUUGGGGAUGGUGGAGGUUCACGUGCAUUUGGCGAUGGUGGAGGAUCACGCACGUUUGGCGAGGGUGGAGGUGCACGCACAUUUGGUGAUGGUGGAGGCGCACGUGGAUCAUUUGCAGGUGGAGGGCGCCGCUUUGAGGACAAUGGUGGACAAACAACUUUUCGACCUUAUGCUUCUGAAGAAGAACGUGCUCGCGAUACUCCUCAUGUCCCAGUUGACCGCACAAUUGAAGAUAUUCGUGCUGAGGAUAUUAAGGCUGCUGAACAGUAUAAAAAUAUUUGUGAAGAGGAUGAAGAAUGCGUUGUUACUGGGCUUGAAUCUGCAACUCAAGUUCUCGAUGAUUGGGGUGAAGCCAACUUUGAACCAAAACUGAAAGAAAAUAUUGAAAAGGCUCAAUACAUUCGUUUGCGAAAAAUUCAAUCUCUUGCCAUUCCUUUGAUUAUGGAUGGACACGAUGUCAAAGGCCAUGCUGAAUCUGGAAGUGGAAAGAGCGCAGCAUUUUUGUUGCCCAUUAUCAAUAAAAUUAUGGUGUUAAAGAAGAAGGAGGAAUUUAAGUCGAAACGAGUUUGCCCGUAUGCGCUUAUAAUUGAACCAACACGUGAAUUGGCUAUUCAACUAUACGAUCAAGCAAGAAAAUUGGCUGAUGAUACUGGUGUUUCUGUUGCUAAAGCUUAUGGAAUGUUCAAGCAUAAAGAAAAUUUGAAGCAUAUUUCAACUAGUGGUUGUGAUAUUCUUGUCGGGACUCCUGGCCGUCUUACCGACUUUUUUAUGAAUGAAUUUCUUGACUUUGAAUUAAUGAAAAUUUUGGUUUUGGAUGAGGCUGACCAAUUACUUGAGGACAGUUUUGCACGUGAUCUGCGUCGUUUAACUAAAGUGAACGGAUGGCCGAAGAAUGAGGACCGCCAAACUCUGCUUUUUAGUGCCACUUUUCCACCGGAAGUUCAAGUGUGGGCGAGUGAGUGGCUCAAAAAGGAAAAUGUGAUGGUUUCAAAUCGUAAAUUGGUUGAUGCUAAUCCGCGUAUUAUUCAAAAGUUUAUGAAAGUUUUGCGUGGUGAAAAGAACAAUGAACUUUUGAAAUUGCUCAAACAAGAGGAGGAAGAUGCCAAAAAAGAAAAUCCUGACAAUCCGAACAAAAAACGAACUAUGGUUUUUGUAAAAAUGAAACGCACGGCUGACGUUGUCUCGACAUUCCUUAAUGUUAAUGGUCUCAAAUCAACUACUAUCAAUGGAGAUCGGCCACAAAAGUUGCGAGAACAAUCAUUGAAUGAAUUUAGGGAUGGAAAACACAAUAUUGUUGUAACAACUGAUGUUUGCUCAAGAGGAAUUGACAUUAAAGGCCUUGACCAUGUUAUCAACCUUGACUUGCCAACAGAAUAUGUAAUCUAUGUCCAUCGCAUCGGUCGUACGGGACGUUUAAAAGAAGGCAUUUCUACUUCAUUCUUUGACCCACUUGAUGACAUGGAUUUGGCUAAGGAGCUUGUGCAGGGUGUUCAAACUGUUGGCCAAGAACCUCCGGAAUGGCUCGUUCAAGCAUCUGAGGGAAAAUUGCCUCCAGAAGAGACUACCCCGAGUUGGAACAGUGGGGUACCGUUUGGUGGUUCUUCUUUUGGAGGUGGAAAUCAAACGGGAGGUUUUGGUGAUGGUGAAGGCGGUGAUAGUUUUGCUGCUAAUAAUAAUAAUGAGGCCGAAGAAAAGAAGGAUGAAAAGGAGAAUAAUGAUCUUCCAGAGAAGAAAGAUGAGAAUGAAGAGAAAAAUGACAAGAAGGAUGAAGAAGAGAAACCUGCCGCGACUGAAAAGCUUGAUGAAGAGACGCUUCCUCCAGUGCCGGAAGGUGAUCCAGAAAAUGAUGACUGGUAA